CCGGGAGCGCUGCUUCGGCCUGUUCCGCGGCCGCUCGGUCAUUUUCGCCUCUUUGUUGUACUGCUAGUGGAUUUAAACUCGGAUCCGACCCAAUAUCCAGCUGACUCCGGCGCUCUCAAACAGGCUCUGAUGAGAGGCUGUCCAUGAUGCGGAGCUAACGCAGUUGGCUGCACACCCGCAGGAAGAGACGUGGACGCCUCCACAUCCACAGCCCACGCAUGGCGGUACUAGGGAACCCCGACAUGCUGACGAGGAAGAUCAAGCUGUGUCACAUCAACGCCCACAUCACAUGUCGACUGUGUGAGGGCUACCUGAUUGACGCCACCACCGUCACCGAGUGUUUGCACACGUUCUGUCGAAGCUGCCUUGUGAAGUAUUUGGAGGAAAACAACACAUGUCCCACAUGCAGGAUUGUUAUUCAUCAGAGCCAUCCACUACAGUACAUCGGCCAUGACAGAACAAUGCAAGACAUUGUGUACAAGUUGGUACCCGGACUUCAAGAGGCGGAGAUAAAGAAGCAGAGGGACUUCUAUCAGAAGCUGGGCAUGGAGGUUCCUGGCGACAUUAAAGGGGAGCUUUGCAACAUGAAGACUCAUCUAGACCAGCACAAUGGGGACGCAAAGUCAGAGGACACGGCCAACAAGGAAGCGGGAGAGGAGAAACCAGAGGAGGACAACGACUAUCACCGUAGCGACGAGCAGGUCAGCAUCUGCUUGGAGUGCAACAGCAGCAAACUUCGAGGCCUAAAGCGUAAAUGGAUCCGCUGCUCAGCACAAGCCACCGUCCUCCACCUCAAGAAGUUCAUCGCCAAAAAGCUCAACCUGACGUCCUUUAACGAGUUGGACAUUUUAUGCAACGAGGAAAUCCUGGGCAAGGACCACACUUUGAAAUUUGUGGUAGUGACAAGAUGGAGAUUUAAGAAAUCGCCCCUCCUGCUCCAUUACAGACCCAAGAUGGAUCUGCUGUAGCGAAAACAGACACUUUUUUUGUUUUGUUUUGUUUUUCCUUCCUUUCCCGGCGUCCGCAGCCUGUGCUGACUCAUCUUUUUAACAAACGUAUGCAAAGACGAUCAACCAACAGCGAGCAAACGCCACAACAAACGACACUCACACAAGCCAGCAGCUCGGGAUGGUCAAAAAAGAGGGGUAGGGGCUCAACACCUCCCGCGCAGGUACUGCAACACUGGUGGCUUUUUUGUGUUUGUUUUGGGAACGAAAGUGACAUUUUUUUAUGUUGAUUUUGUGUGCUUCAUCUGAGAUAUGUGAAGAGGAAAAGAACAAAAAAAAUACAAAUGGAGAUAAAGCAUAUAUUUAUACUUUUGUACAGUUUAAAAGACUAAAGACACUACUGGUGCUCUGUUUACAUGCAAACGAGAUGUCGGGAAUCACAUGACCAUCUUUUGGCCAAUGGAAACGGAGGAUGGUUUUGUAUGAAAUGUUUUUUCUUCUUUCUCGGGAGCACGGAAAGUUUAUGGCAAAGAUUUUAUAACAGGCGUCCAUCCUAAGCUGGUUAUCAAGUAAAAUGUCUCUGAAUGUGUCCCCCCCCCUCUUCCACCCACCUCUUUUUUUGUCGUCUCUUUGCUAUUGAUGAUUGUCAAUUGUGAAUAGGCUGAACUGUGUAGUAAUUUAUGUUCUAUAUAGCGAUAUUGUACAUAGACUGUGCGCAUAGAUUGAGAGAGACUUGAGACUGUUAAAAAGCGCGCAUCCAGGAAGUGCUAUCUACAUGUCAAGCAGCGGAGGACAAAAUGUUUUAACACAGACUUGCUGUCAGUAUCCAAUCCGUGUAUCAUUUGUUCAUUUCUUUUUCCAUUAGACACCACAAUGGUGUGGAAAAAAACACGACUAGCCUUUUGUUUCUCUUAUUUUACAUCCAUUAAGUAAAUAGAAUAUGAAGACGACGGAUACAAGCGCAUGAAGUAGUUUACGCGUGGACAUCGGCAUGCAGGUAAACAUACGUGGAAGACGACAGAGGAGGACUGGGACAAAGAAAUUCGAGAAAAUGUACGCCGAAUUAUAUAAUAAACUUGUGCAUUACCGUCACGGCUCCUCCCCCUUCAAAAGCAUCUCAAACCCAAUCUUGCUAUCCUUUUUCUUUAUGUCAUUUAAGCUAGGGGUGUCCAAAGUGCGGCCCGUGGCUGUUUUUCAUUGGCCCGCAGGGCAUUCAAAAAUAUAUUUAAACGGGGAAAAUAAACAAUAGCAGCUAGAGGAGAACUCAGAGAGCGCAGACCUCCGCCAAGCGCCGUAGUUUCCCCAUAUUGUGAUUCACGCCAAAAUAAUCAUCCUACAUGUUCUGGAUCAGUCUUUGAUAUUCUGUAGAACCUCUCUGGAAACUUGUCCUGUAAUUUUUUUCUGAAGUGCUCUGACCAUUUUUUGUGGAGUUAUAUGCACAAAUGCCAAAAAUGGUCCUCUCUCGCAAUGUUUAAGAAUCUUUUAAAAAUUGAUGGAUCCAGAGACAGACAAACGCCGGCAAAAACAUAAGCGCUGUGCUUGCCGAAGGUUAGGUUUUUUUUUUAUGUGGAUGGAUGGAUAGAUUUUUUUAAGUCGCACUAUGACAAACAAAAAAUAACAGAUAAAAGUUUUAAUUUUUGGAAAAUUAGGUUGCGGAGAAUAAAGUCAAAAUAUUAUGGUAAUAAAGUCAUAAUUACAACUUAAGAGAAAUGGAAAAACAGCCGUAAUUUUAAGAGAAUAAAGUCAAAAUUUUUAAAAGAAAAAAGUUAUAUUCCAAUGAGGAAACAUUUUUACAAGAAUAAACUUGUAAAAAAAAAAAAGAAAAAUAUGAAGAGCAAAACAACAAAUAAAGUUGUAAUUUUGGGGAAAUUAGGUUGAGGAAAAAAUUAGUGUUACAACAAUAAAGUUAAAAUAUUAUGGGAAUAAAGUCACAAUUGUGAGAAGAAAAUUUACAAGAAGAAAGUUCAAAUUGUUGAAAAAUUUCAAAACCAGCAACAGCAGAAAUGGAAAAACAGCUGUAAUUUUACGUGAAUAAAGUCAAAAUAUUGGAAAAAUAACAUUUAAGUAGCGUGAAGUUGAAAUAUUAGGAAGGAUUAAAAAAAAAAAAAGUCGUAAUAGUAUGAAAAACAAAACCGCAAAUAAGUUGUAAUUUUACAAUGUUGCGAGAAUGAAGUCAAAAUAAUAUGAGAAUAAAUUCCUAAUUACGAAAAGAUAAUUUACAAGAAGAAAGUUGACGUUGGAAAAUGGAAAAGAAUAAAAAUAGCAAAAAUGGAAAAAACAGUAUAAUUUUCAGAGAAUAAAAUGAAAAUAUUAAGUAAAAAAAAAAGUUAUAUUUUUAUGAGAAAAAAUGUGCAAUUAUGCGAAACUAGUAAAAAAAAAAUGUCAUUUUAGUGGCAUAGAUCGUAUAUAUUUAAAAAAAUAUUUAAUAUUAAUUAAUAUUUAAUCUUUAAAAAAAUAUUUAAGAAAGAAAAACAAUAAGUUGUCAAUUUCUGAAAAUUAGGUUGGGGGAAAGUUAUAAUAUUAUGGGAAUAAAGUCAAAACAUGAUGGAAUAAAGACAUAAUAUUACAAGAAGAAAACUUAGCAAGAUUAUUUAAGAAGAAAAUUUUAAUAUUUGGAAAAUUUACAGCAAAAAUGGGGAAAAAAGACCGAGACCGAGACCAAGACCAUCUUACCAAGAUGCUUUUUCACUUAUCACGAAGGUGAGAUUCUUGAAAUAUAAAUAACUUCUUAGCAUAUCUUUAUACAAUAUCAAAAAGGCCCUUCAUCCUUCAUUUUUUUUUACUGUGUGGCCCUCAGUGGAAAAAGUUUGGACACCCCUGAUUUAACCAAUAGAUGAAAAACAAGAAACAAAACGUUAUUAAUUUUUUAAAUUUGAGGCUAAAAAACAAAUUCAGAAAAAAUAUUCAUUUUUUUGUGUUGGCUUAAAAUGGAAAAAAACUAAUGAACGAAUGAUAGACGAAUUAACAUCGGAAUAUAUACUACUACUAUACUUGUUUGUUAUUUGUGGAGAAAGCGGUUACAUCAGUCCCGCUGCCACGCCGAUAUGUUUCGUACGUUCCGACAAAAGCUUCUAAACUUGACCCCCCCCCCCCCCCCCCCACCACCCCACCUCGUCUCGCCUACAUCUGGAGUUGCAACAACGUGAGAAACAAUUCCAAAAGUGCGCAAGAAACAUUUGUGGAGCGUGCAGCGCGUUUGCUUUCAUGCAGAGUUGUCAUCCGUCCAUCCCGAUUAAAUGUCUUGUUUCAUCCUCCUGUCAUACAAGCGUAGAAAGAAGUUCUCUUUUUUAAUCAUUUUGGUGAUUUUAGCUUACAGCGAAUUAAAACCCCCCAAAUUUAUGAUGUCAUAAAAUCAAAGUCAAUAUUUCAACCUUGAUUUGCGCUCUAAUCAGCAAAUUAAGCGUCAAAACGAACCUCUUCGUCUGAAUCGAACCCCUGAAAUCUCCAAGGGAAUGUGUUGACUCGGGCGUGUAACGCUACGCCUUCAUCACGUUUCGGUACGUGCCUCUGCUUUAAGGUGACGGUUUGGUUUAUUUUGGGUACAGCAAGGGAACAAAAUGCAAAACUGCUUCGCUUUUGUAUCGACGGCUUUCAUGGUUUUUAAAUUAAACUUAAAAAAAAAAACACUCUAGAAAUUCCCUAAUAACCUCACCGCUUCAAAUUUCACGGCUUCACUCUGUCAGGUUUUUUCAAAAAUAUAUGAAUGAAUAAAUCAUGCUGUUUUGUGGUUUGAGUACUCCCUAUUAGGCAUAUUUAAGCAAAUUCGACACUUUUUGCUUUUUCCAAGUAUAAAAAUGGCUAAAUGAACUAAAGCAUUCGAAGGCGUUGUGAUGAUACAGUAUGUACCGUAAUUUCCGGGCUAUAAGUCACACCAGCCAAAAAUGCACCAUGAAGAAGAAAAAAAACAUAAGUCGCGCUGGACUAUAAGUCACAUUUUUAAAUUUAUUUUUAUAAAAUUUCUUGAAAGGCAAGUUCUAGUACAAUAGGUGUCUGUUAACGUAACGUGAAUAGCUGGUAUGUUAACGUAACAUUAACAGUUAUUCAGAGAACUGUAGCCUAAACAUCAUAACGUAACUAGUUUACUUGCUGCUUGUAAGAAUGUGAUUUUCUUUUUGAGGGCAUUUGUGUUCCGUCUUUCUCAGUUGUCUUUAAGUUGAUGUUCACAUUGGAAAUUAUCAGCGGUACAGGAGUGAUAGGAGAAGCAGAUACUGGCACACAAGCCUGGAGCGCCCUCUCGUGGCUGUCAGUGUGGGAAAAAAAACAUUAAUAGGACGCUCUGGAGUAUAAGUCGCAGGACCAGCCAAACCAUGAAAAAAGCGUGACUUAUAGUCCGGAAAAACACAGUAGUAUUCUACACUGGUCACUAGGUGUCAGUAAUGUUACAUUGAUGCAACACCGCAGGAAGUACUGUACAGAAACCGGAAGUUAAAAAAGGAACAAGGAACUUUGUCAAUGCUAACGUGUGAGUCUAUAUUACGUCUUAUAUUUGCUUAUUGUGUCUACUAUAUUGGGUAAAACAAGUGUAAAGGUGACUAUAGGGGUGUUAUUCAUGUCUGCAGAGCUCUAAUGUUAAAAACCGUAUUAAGGAGGUCAUAUUUUGAUGGCAACUAUAAAAAUAUUCAAUUUACUUUGCGGAAAUUCACAUAACACCUUCAGGUCUGGAACCGAUUAACCACGAUAAAUCACAAAUUACCGUAAAUAAAAUUCAGAAAAUAAGAAUAAAAAAAUAAAAAAUAAAUGUGAAAUAUAGAAUCGUUUAACGCCAACUACGGCUCCCAUUAGCCAAAGACUGGGCUGCACUGUGUUUGUGACAUGUGACGAUAUCGGGUGGGAAAUCCUUUCUGUACUGUACCGAAUGUUCCAUACCGAAACAUGACUAAUGCAUGUAGCGUUACACCCCUAGUGCUGACUUUACUCUUGUCGUUUUAGUCGAGCACAAAAUGUCGAGUCAUUUUCCACUAAACUUGGGUGUGCCGUUGGUUAGGCUGCCAUGUACCUAUAAUGGCACUCGCGCCUCAGGUUGCAGACGCGUACGGUGAUGCUUCAGUCUUACGUCCUGCUUCUAUUCUUGUUGAUGCUCAUUCUUCUUUCGGAAGAAGUGCAGGCAAAAAGGCAAAAUAUAUCCUCUCGUGCGACAUCAUGUUCAUUUUAUAUGACGCAUUCUUCAUAUUUUUCCCUAUUUUUGAUCAAAUUGUUCUACUGUAGAGUGAAGCGAACGUAGAAUUUUCAUACUUGAAGGCGCCCCCUCCAGGAUGUCCUCUGCAUGAAACCAACCUAUUCAUUCAUUU